UCUCGAUGUAACACGACUAAGACUCUGGCUAGAUCUAAACAUAAUUUAUAACGUGUAUACCACCAUCAAGGAGCAAAAAGAGAUUGAAACAUAUAUAAAGAGCAUAUAUAUCGAACACACGAAUCGCCUAUCCUUAUUAAUUCUACUCAAUUAUCGUUUCGCUGAAUGUAGUUAGUGUUAUUAUGACAGCUAUAAAUCGUUUGGACUUGCAGUUAAGCAAUACAAUAUCUAAUGCAAAUCAUAGGAAUCUUCUGAUGAACAUGCAAAGGACUUGCCAAAGGAAAAGACCAUUUCAAUGGAGGGACCAAAACCAAAGAAACACAAAACGUAGAAAGAAUGAAUUAGCACCACAAUUUAGUCACCAAUAUUUGGCAUUUAUUCCAAUUAAUAAAUAUAAUUCCGAGGUGAAAUUGUUUGAAUCUAGAUCUCAACUCAGAAAAACAGCUUGCACAAGAGCAAAAAUUUCAAAAUUUCACAUUUUAGAGACAGAAAAUACUAGUCAAGAUAUAUUUCAUAAGAUUAUAAGUAUGAAAGUUGGGCUCCAAGAAAAUGAUGAGCAUAUUGAUUUUUCUAAUAUUUCCCCAACACUCUCACCUAUAUUAGAAAAAUUCAAAAAGCAACAUAAGAAAUUUAAAUAUCUUGAUGAAUUAAAAAAUAUAAUGAAAAAAGCAGAGAAAAAGUUAGCAAAACAGAGAUACAAGGGUCAAAUACAUGUAUAUUUAUUAAAAUCUUUUUUUGGUUAUAUAUUAUACAAAAAUGUUCCAUUAGAAUUAUUUGGAACAAGGCAAAAUUUCAAAGCUGUGAAGAAAACUGUGCACCAUCUCCUGAAAACUCACCCUAUAAAGGAGAAAAUUAAAAGAAAAAAUGAACAUCUAAAUAAGGGAAGAGAUAUAAUUACUGCAGUAGGAUCAUUAAGCAUAGAACCAUUAUUGAAAAAGCUUGAUGUUUCCAAAAUUGAAUGGUUGUAUCCACUAAAAAAUAUAAAAGAAAAAUGGAUCAUCAUACUCAAAUUGUUGCAUUGGUUUUUUGCACAAUAUAUCAUAAAAAUUUUACAUAAAUAUACAGUAUUAAUAGGAAUAAGACAACAAUGGGUUUAUAUUACAAAAGAUGACUGGUGUCAAAUACAGGAUGCAUUUAUAAAUGAAAAAGUAAAAGCGGGUGAUCUUAUAUUGGUUAAACAGACGUUUGUAUACGACAAACAGGCAACACAGAAUACAUUAGAUUGUAUUAAGAAAUACAGAUUGGUUCCAAAUUCUCUUGGAUUAAGAGUUAUAGCAAUGUGCAAAGAUGAAAAAAAUUCUCUCAUUAUCGGGAUUAUUAUGACAUUUUUGCAGCAAUUAUAUUGCAAAUAUUUUAUAUAUGAAGAAGAAAUUCCAACUGUUCAACGUUGUAUUCAACAAAUUCUUAAUUUUAAAAAGUUAAACAAAACUAACUUGUAUUAUGUGCAUUGUGAUAUACAAGACGCGUUUGGGUCAAUAAUACAAGAGAAAUUACUUAACAUCAUUAAAACAUGUGUUAAACAACAUUUGCCCCUUUAUCUUAGCAUGUGUAAAUGCAGAAAAGAGAAAAAAUAUGUUAUCGAGAACAUAGGACUGUUUCAAGAAAUGUUGCCAUUAAAAAAUAUCCGUAUAAUCGAUAAAAAACCUACAAUGGUAGGAUGUAACAAAUUGAUCCCUAAGAUCUCUAAAUUAUUAUUAAAACAAAAGAUUAAAUUAUAUGGUAAAGAAUACUUGAUAAAAACUGGUGUACCACAAGGCUUGCGGUUGUCGCCAAUUUUUUCUGAUAUCUAUUAUCAAGACAUGUGCAAUAAGUUGUUCCCCAAAUUUAAAAGCAGCGGGCUUUUGUGUAGAUAUGUCGACGAUAUCUUGUUUAUCACUAAGGAAAAGAUAUACGCAGAAGAGUUUCUAAAAUUAGUCAGGAAAGGUAUACCCGAAUAUAAUGUGAAAUUCAAACUGAACCAAAUAAAAACGAACGUAGAAUUGCCAGUCUACAAACCCACGAAAGUAAAAUAUAUAGGAAAGCUCAUAUAUAUAUAAAUCCGGUCGUGAACAACAAGAUUGCGUACUCGUCCUCGUUUUCCAGAGGAUCCACAGUACAGCGAGAUCAAUUUAUGAGGUACGGAAGCGAUUUAAUCAUCGCAUCGACCGCAGCAUCGUGAAAUAGGACAUGGAUGCGCGAACGAUCUUGAAGUAAAACAGACAGUAUUAAAGUCACAAUAUUUAUAUAUAAUGAAUAUCGAUGUCAUUUUUGUUAUAAGUAAUCGCAGUCAGUGCGAAUAUGAAAUAUUUGCGAAUUUUUCGAUAAUUUACUUCCCGCACUACUUCUCAUUCGAUAAAUAU